GACUGGCCUGGGUCGAACGGACAUAUAACAGUAUCGCCCUAACUAAGUUGAUAUCACCCUCGUCUACGACUCGGGCGAUAUAAAUCUAGUUUGGGCGAUAUAUGUCGUAUCGCCGCCCCCCCCCCCCCCCCCGACGAUCGACGCCAGGCAAAUGAGUCUAUAUCGCAUUAAUAUGUCGAAGGAAUUUGACGAUAAGGUUCUUUCCGAUAUGAAAGUCGAGGAGGGAGAUCGAAUUUUGAGUGAAGGACAAUAUGGAACAGUUAAAUUUGUUGGCCUCGUUCCAUCAACAGAAGGUAUUUGGCUAGGUGUUGAAUGGGAUAACCCUGAGAGAGGAAAACAUGAUGGUAGUCAUAAGGGCACUCGAUAUUUCCAGUGCAGCUCACCAACCAGUGGUUCGUUCUUACGCCCAAAGAAAGCCGACUUUGGCAUUCAAUUCCUGGAUGCCGUUUCCUCCCGUUACAUUCCAGAGAACAUCGAAACAGCAGAUUUUGAAGACUCCUUGGCUGUCAGCUGUAAAGCUGUGGAGAUGGUGGGUGCUGAAAAGAUAGCCAGAAGACAGAGCUCCUUUGAAAACCUGAAGUCUGUUGCCUUACAUGAGAUGAGAAUCAGCAGAGCUGGAGAUGAGAAGGUUGCUGAAAGACUACCAAACAUGAAAGAAUUAGAUGUAUCAAAAAACCUUCUACCUUCUUGGGAGGAGCUGUCUAAAAUUACCGCCAGCAUGCAAAAACUCAAAAUUUUAAAUGUUAGUGAAAACAGAUUUGUUCUACCUACCAGUCCAUCUACUCUUUGUACUGCUUUUUAUGCAUUAGAAGAACUUUCUCUCAAUAGAUGUAAUAUCACAUGGAAAGAGUUGCUGAUGUCUUCAACUAUGUGGCCAAAACUGAAGAAACUUCAUGCAUGCUACAACAGAAUAGCAAAUCUUGACAAACCAUUAGAAGGCACGUUUGAUCACCUAGAGUUAUUGAAUGUAGAAGGGAAUCAGAUUGAGACAUGGGAAGGAGUCUUACAGCUUGGCCAUUUACCAAGGUUGGAAGGCCUAAUACUGAACAACAACAGCAUUCCAAAUAUAAGCUUUGAAGAUGCUUCAAUGGAUGGGAAAACAAAGUACUUUAGGAGUCUGAAGUCACUUUCUCUUCAUAAUAAUAGGAUAAGUGAGUGGAAUAGUGUGAAUGAAUUGAGGAAACUGCAGUGCUUGGAUGAAGUGAAUAUGAAAAGAAAUCCCCUGGUGCAGAACGAAAAAGCAUCCACCGUUAGAGGUCUCUUGAUUGCCAAGCUGCCUUCGUUGUGUCACUGCAACCACAGUGCUGUAUCAGAGGCUGAGAGGAAAGGUUCAGAAAUAGACUACAUGAAGAAAUAUCAUGAAGAUUGGUUGAAGAAUGGAGGAGGAAAGGAUCAACCUGGCUCAAACCUUCAAGCAGAUUUCAUCAGAAAUCAUCCCAUGUAUACAGCAAUCAUCAAGAAGUAUGGAGCUCCAGAGGUGAGUGAUGACUCACAAUCCAAGCCAGGUGCAUUGAAAUCUUCUCUUCUAGAACUCAUUUUAAGCUGCCCUCAACACACAACCAAGAAAUCUAUCAAGAAAAAACUACCAGUUACCAUGGAUAUCACAAAAGUCAAGGGAAUGAUUCAGAAACUCUUCAAAGUAGAUGUCGCCGACCAGAAGCUUUCUUAUCUCAGUCCAAAGUUACCUGAUCAGGAGAUUCCUCUAGAUAAUGACCUGAGACAACUGGGAUUCUUUGGUGUUGAAUCUGGAAACACAAUAAUGAUCAGAUGGUGAAUUCAGAUGGCUUGUGGAACGAGAUGGUCUAUGUUCAAGCUGACUGGUUAUACAGCCAUUCGUAAUUUGUAAUGCCGUCUUGGAAAUACUAGUAAAUUCAAUCUAGUAUGAGAGGUAGUGAACUGUCAGACGUUUGAUGGAAGUUAUCUUUAUUCGGUUCACCUACAACAAUAAUUUUGUCGAUUUUAAAUUUCCAAUGGGUAAUUCCAUGAAGUAUUGAACCUUCUUGUACAUCUGACCCCCAUUUUCUUUAUUCUUACUUCACUUCAUGUGGUAUUUCAACCUUUCAUAUGAUCCAGAAAACAGAUACAAAUAACUUUAGGCAGUCCCACAUAUAAAAAGUCUGAUAGAAUUGACCCAAUACAAAUCAUAUAACUGGAAAUUUGGACUGCUAUGAAAAGCAUAUUUUCUUUUCUACAGAUAUAAGGGGAUCAAAUUACGUACUGAAUUAUAACCCCAAGCAGAACUUCUAACUAUGAAGUAUCCAGUUUAAGGAGACAUUUUCAGCAUCCCUCUAAUUUUUUUCUAGUGCUAAAAAAAAAUAAAUAAAACAGCAGAAAUUCAAUUCCACCAACUUUUUUUUUCUCAAAAUGACUGCCCACGAUCUAUUUCAAAAUUAAAGAUAAUUGACAAUUACUUAAUUUUACUCACCCCGGUAUGAUCCAGACUUCAUAUUGUUCCAUGUGAUAUUUUGGGAUAUUUGUAUGCAUCGUAUAUAUAUUUUGGGGGUAAAAAUUUGGGGUAGUGUGACCAAAUACUUUAAUAGUGAAUUGUUCAUAAAUGGCAGAUUACCAACAAUAUGAAAGUGUCUCUGAACAGAUCUGUGAAGAAACUCACUUGUGAAUCUGCAUCCACUCUCCAGUUAGAGAUUUGAUAAAGAAACUUAAGAAAGAAAACAAAAGAUAUUCCAAUAUGCUUAUCCCUUUCUUAUGGGAGGUCUUUGUAUCCUGAAAUGUUCUCAUUCGAUAGACCUCUGAUAUAGGCUGGAACCAGGUAUUGGGCAGCAAGCAAUCCCUCAUGAGAUGAUUAGAACCUUGUUUGUAGCUCUUCAACGACAUGGUCACUGAAAAGAUAUUAUAUAUUGAUUCAGUAUUACUCAGAAGUUGAUUGAUCUGCACUGUAUCCUGCAUUUGCACGAUGUCUCCGAAAUCUUGAUCUUUGUUUUCGCUUUUCCACAUUGUAUUUCCCGCAAUUAUUUCUAUCUGCCUCCAAGCAUAAUUCCAUCUCUCUUCCGAUUGCUGCUCACUGAUGCACUCAUGUGUCCUCUUGACAUUAUUAUAGGCCUCUCUUCAAUCACAAGUCCUAAGCCUGGAGAUUCUUGGUCACUGGUACAAUGUAUAUGAGAAUGUGUUGACAAACAGCCAGACUUACAAAUGAAUUCAGGAUCCUCAAGCAAGCAAAUGAAAGUUUCAGAGUUCAUGUGUGGAUCACCACUACUUUCAUCAGCUAUCACAAUUUAAAGAUUGUAUUUACUUUGGGAUACUGAUAGAGUCUCCACUCAAUAACUCCAACAAGUUGGACAUAAUAUUGGAAGUUUCUUGCAUGCUCGUAUAAACUGUCAUCGCCUCCAUCAGCCUCAUCUGUAUCCAAUAUUUCCUUAUUAUCAUGACCUUCUCGUUCCCAGAAAGUGUCCCUUGGCAAUUUCUUUUCUCUUAGCACCAUCUCCUAAGAAAGCUGUGAUAUUCCUUACUUUAUCAAAGAGAUUUCUGAUUGAUGUCAGUUUUGUAUUUUCCUGCAAUUGCCAGAUUGAGAACGUGAGAACGACAAUGUACAUAGGUUGCCAUGGGAUAAUUAUCUAGAACUCUCUUCCUUUAGCCAUUUACUCUACCACUCAUGGUGGCUGCUCCACCGUAAUCCUAUCCGAAGAGGUUGGAGAGGUCUGAUCCCCAUUCUAGGAGGGCGGGAUCAGUGCAUCAUACAUCACGUUGGACUCCAUUUUCUUGAUAUGUUGAAAUCCCAAAAAUUCUUCACAAAAUGCUUCGUCUUGGUUUAUGUGAUGCUUACAGAUCCUCAUUUUUUCCACUGCAGACACAUCAGUUUCAUCUGCCGUCACGCUCCUGUACUGCAGAAUGGAUGAUAUUCUCACAGAUAUUCAGUUUCAUUUUUAAUCCAAGGUGGGGUAAACUUGGCAUUUUUUUAGGUGUGUUGUAGAGGCUCUUUCAGUGCAGUGUCAAACUUUGCUUUUCAGUUGACAAAAAAUCAAAGUUCCAAUCCUCCUCUUUUUUAAUCUUUUUGUCAAUUGCCUCUUAAAACAAUUCCUUGCAUCUCAAGGUUUAUGUCAACAUCCAUUAUAGACAAGUGUCCCUGCUUUGUUUGUUGCUUUUCUUUCUUGGCUUGUCUUGAGAAGAUUGAGUGGAUAUCCCGACCUGUUUUCCUACUGUGUUGAUGAAACACAUCUGCAUCCUUAUGAGCAUCACUUUGCAUAUAUGAUGAUCAUGUUAUCCGUCUUUUUUAAUAAUAAUAAUAAAGGAUUUGUAUAGCGCACAUAUCCACCUUGCUAGGUGCUCAAGGCGCUCCUAUAUUACCCCGGCUGAUCUAGUCUACCGAUUCUGUUACGCACAGCUUUUUGAGGAAUUACUUCCUGCCGGUACCCAUUUACCUCACCUGGGUCGAGUGCAGCACAGUGUGGAUAAAUUUCUUGCUGAAGGAAAACACACCAUGUUCCUACUGACCCACUCUAACCCAUGCAUCAUUUGUAUACUGUCCAAAUAAGUGUGUUAUGAAGAUGUUAAUAAAAUCUUUUAUCAAAGUAUUCUUUCUGGAUUGUUCUGGUGUAUUAAAAACCAUUUAUCACUGCAACAGACAUGCCAACUGUUCCCUUUUUAGAGUAUUUGUUCCUCUUUUUUGCUAUAAAUACACCAAUACUUUUUUUGUAUGAUUUGUUACUUU